AUGGUCGUCGAAAAGGGCAACAGAAUCCACGUCCCUGCCAGCGAGAUCACCAACAAAAAGGUGACGGUCGAAUGGCAACAGAGAGAUGAGCAGAGCAUCCUCUUCAUACAGACAAGCUAUCUCGACUCUUUCAAGAACAAAAACAUUCGCUCGUCAGCCGGUUGGUUCAGCUACCUCUUCAGCUUCUUCUCCAGGAGUGCCGACGACGGAGAUUACACCGUCAUUGUCGAUGAUUCAUUUCAGUACGGCCAGAACUCCAACCAGACCUCCCGCUGGUUGGCGUAUCAUGACAAGGGCAUAACAGCCUUUCAGUGGAGCUACGUCGCAAGCCUUCAGUCUACCGUGGGCUCUGCCUUGGCUGGGUUUGGCGGUGGUAUCUUCAAACAGUGCAGUGGCGUUGACGUUAGUAAACUCUCUGGCUUGAUCGGUGACCCUCUUCAUAACUUUUAA